AGUAAGAAAGAAUAAGAAGAAGAAGAUGGGGAACUGUUUAGUAAUGGAGAAGAAAGUGAUAAAGAUAGUGAGAAAUGAUGGUAAGGUGCUUGAAUAUAGAGAACCCAUUCGUGUUCAUCACAUCCUUACUCAAUUUUCUGGUCACUCUCUCUUUGACAACAACACUCGUCACCAUCGUCAUCUUCUCCCUGAAGCUAAGCUUCUCUCUGGUCGUCUCUAUUAUCUCCUGCCUACAACGAUGAACCAGAACAAGAAGAAGAACAAGAAAGUGACGUUUGCGAAUCCUGAGGUGGAAGACGAAAGAUUAGUAAACGAAGAUCAUGAUGAUGACAGUGGUACUGAAAGCAGCACCAACAGUAGUGAUGACAAUAAGAUCAAUCUAAGUGUUGUGAGGAUGAAGAUCGUUGUGCAUAAGCAAGAAUUGGAGAAGCUGCUUCAAGGAGGGCCCGUCCAUGAGAUGAUGUACCAGUCUCUUGAGAAACAAGUUUUGCUCACUGAUCAUCACGAUGAUAAUCUUGAAUGUAAUAGAGGUUGGAGACCUGUGUUAGAUUGCAUACCUGAAUUUUAAUAGUCUCACAUACAAAAACAGUAAUGAAUUUUGGUCAAGGACAAAAACUCUGUUUUUGGGUUUUGUUGUAUAUAAGCUUUGAAGCUAUGUUAUUAUAAUUUUAUAAAG